UAAAUUUUUAUUGUUGUCUAUGGUAGCAUGGCGUCUUUUUCGGCGUCUUUUCGGUCCGUAGAAUUUGCGUUGUUUAAAAUAGCAAAACUUAAGCUAUAGCCGUAUAUUACUAUUAAAACUAAUUUAGAUAGUGCAUUUAAUGUAAUGGUGAUUGUUUUUAUGGAAGCAAUCAAUUGUUAACUGUGAAAAUGGAUGUUGGUAAAUCUUCCUCAUGGCCGCCGGGCCCGACUGUUUGCCGUUGUUGCUUGGCCGAGGGCUGCUACAAAGACAUCUCCACUGAGUACUUCUGGAUGGGAAAACGAGAAGUCUACGCCGAGAUGCUCACAGAAACCUUCGACUUAGCGAUAUCAUAUGCACAGUCUGCGGGCACCAACAGUAACAGCCGCCUCAUCUGUGAGCCGUGCAUAUCUCGGCUGAGAGAUGCCUCCGAGUUCAAGAGACAGGUGUCGGAGUGCGAGAGGAUGUUCACCACGCUGCUGGAGCCGGGCAGCUCCGGACAGAGUGGAAUGGCCCAAGUCACUUUGAGUCGUCUCGGCAAGGACGUGAAAGUGGAACGCGUGAAGGUGAAGAAAGAAGACAGCGAAGAUGAUGAUGAUGACGACAUGUUUGCUGAGCCAUUUGGUGAUGAUGAUGACGAUGAUGAUGCUGACGACGAACCAUUGACAAAUCUGGCCACUAAGAUCCCGAAAAAAGAGGCAGAAGACGAUAUCUUUGGUUCGGAGGAUAAGCCUAAACCUGCUGAAAAGAGGAAGGCCACUGUCAAAGCUAAGGCCGUGCCAGCCAAGAAGGCCAAGGCCACUGUCACCAAGGCCAAAGGCCCAGCGGCCAAAGUGGCCAAACCACAGGAGAAGAAGAAAAGAGUGAUUCAAGAUCAAGACGCCAUGAGGAGAAACGCUAUGACAGUAGUGGAAUUCGCAACCGCCUACCCAUUCAGAUUAAAGGAACGAGACGUGAUGUGCAUUCUGUGCAACAGUUCCUUUGAGGAUCCCAAGCAUUUCCGUGAUCACUUUGACGACCGCCAUCUUCACUUCAACAUUCAUGAUAUAAAGAAACACGAACGAGCUGUCAGGAAACGACUUAAAGUAGACUGCACAGAUUUACGUUGCCGGAUCUGUCAAAAGAUAUUCGACGACGUUGACUCUGUUGCUAACCACCUAAAUGCUGAUCAUGACAAGGAAAUAUCCCCUGACGGUAUUGGGUUGCAGAUUUUCAAAUUUGGGCCCGAUAAAUGGGUCUGCGCAUAUUGUAAGGAAAAGUUCAUGAGUCUAAGGUCGCUCAGUCGACACACAGUGUCUCACUUUUACAACUUCGUCUGCCCGACCUGCGGCAUGAACUAUGUGAACAGUUUCCUCCUCAACAAACAUAUUAAGAAUAAACAUUCGAACCUUCUUUCGUGUGUUAAAUGUCGGAAGACCUUCUCAAGUGACAAGGAUCGCAAGGAACACUUGCAAGAGUCGAAGUCAUGUUGGAGCUACAGAUGUGUAUACUGUGAGGAGAGAUUCCGAAGUGGUAGAAAUAGAAUGACACAUAUACAGAAAACACAUGGAAUAGCCGCUCAUAUGUUCAAAUGUACCGUUUGUCCGCUAGAGUUUAUUACGUAUAAUCUUUUUCGAAAUCAUUACGUUAAAGAGCACACCGAUAAAUUCGUUUGCUCCAUUUGCGACCAGAAGUUUGGUUCAAAAUUUAUACUUAAAAUGCAUAACGAUCGUCACACUGGUAACAAGGAGUUCAAAUGCGAUGUCUGUGGUAAGGACUUUUUGAGGAAAUCGCAUCUUGCGCAGCACCUUUGGACGCACAGAGAGAAAAAGAGGUUGGAAUGCAAGCUGUGUGACAAGAAAUUCAACCAAGAAGUGGCAUGGAAGGGUCAUAUGAAAUCCAAACAUCCUAGCUGAGCCUAUCCUAUCCAAGCAUCAAUCCUGAGCUUUUUGAUUUAUAAAGCGGUGUACGGAUGCACCAGUCGUUCAGCGUAUACGCAUAGCUACAAGAACAUACAGAGUGUUCCUAUGAAACACGGCUUAAAUGUGCCGUAGAUACUUUGAUACUAUAAUAUAAAGGUAUUUAAAUAAAGUACGAAGGACGUUUCCUUUUGAUGCUUUGCAAGGAUAUAAUUUAAUUACCAUUCUUAUAUAUUUCUUUCCUUGUUCUUGAGGACCACAUACUUAACUAUUCCUUGGUUUUCGUUACGGGCUCCAUAAGGGAGUGAACUGUACAUAAAUGUGAUAUCUUUGAAACCGUACAAUGCAUUUUGUCCAUAAUAAUAUACUUAUAUUAUUCAGAAUUCAUUGUCCUAUGCGAUUCCAAAUUCUAUACGUCUAGUAAAGAUUCGAUAGUUUGUCGAAAACUAUAAAAGUUAAGUUACGUUUUCUCGCAUACUAAGUGGCAUCACUAGCAGAGCAGAGCCUCUGGUACCUAAAGGUUUUGCAUACCUACUUAUGUUAAGUUUGUAAUUAUUAGAACAGUGUUAAGUUAUCUAAUCCGUUCGACCAUUAUGAUGUCAUUUACGAUGUUUAACAUAGCGCUGCUCAUAAAUAAUGUAUAAGGUAACUCACACAAUUUUAUUUACUCUUACGAGCAAUUAAAAGUUCUUUCCUGCCUUGCAGUUUCUUUCAUUUUUAGCGAGUAGAUACUUAUAUUAAGUAUAAUGAGCUCAUACGUUAUACUUCUUCGUUAAAUAUAUCGCGCUUUUUAAAUGGAGUGCUCGCUUGAUCUUAUAAAGUGUUGUAUGUUCUAUUUGUUUUUUUGAUUAUGUUUUAAGAAAUUUAUUAUGGAAAGGUAAUUUUAAGUUAAGAAAUAAUUUUGUUUUUGUCAAAAUAGCUGUAAGUUUUCCAUUUAAAAUAAAAUAAAAUAAAAAAAUAACUACUUAAACUUUUCGUUUAUCAUAGGUUUACUGUAAUAGAUUACACUUUUAAUUGUUAAUUAUAGUUUUCUGAAAAUAACAAUCAUCAUAAAAUAUUAUUGAUUAAGUUUGUUUUGUUAUAUAAUUUGGAUACGUUUUUAGUUCAAUAAAGAUUACAAUUUCCUUAAUUA